CGAACAAGUUCCCAUUAUUGCUUUUAGUCAAUGCCUUACAUCAUAAUCUGCAGACCGCAUUGCUUAGAGUCAAAGUACGACGACGGCCUGCACUCGCACAGCGGCAGCGGGGGCUACAUGGACGGCGUCCCCGCCUCGGCCUCAAUGUACGACCCUCACCGUGUGAGCGGCGGCCCGCUGUCCGGCACGUCGCAUCAUUCGCCGCACAUGGGCCACGGCGGCGGCGGCCUUCCGCCCGGCAUGCACGCGCCGCCGGGAGCGGCAGCCUACCAUCCCGCCAACCACGCAGGACCCGGCGGCGUUGUCGCCAACCACAUCAUGGGCGCUGGCGUGCCCGACGUACACAAACGAGAUAAAGACGCUAUAUAUGGUCAUCCCCUGUUCCCGCUUUUGGCUCUGAUAUUCGAAAAAUGUGAAUUAGCAACCUGCACGCCGCGCGACCCCGGAGUGGCCGGCGGCGAUGUUUGUUCGUCAGAAUCAUUUAAUGAAGAUAUCGCAGUAUUUUCUAAACAGAUCCGCCAAGAAAAACCCUACUACAUAGCCGACCCAGAAGUAGACUCAUUGAUGGUACAAGCAAUACAAGUCCUGCGGUUUCAUCUCUUAGAAUUAGAAAAGGUUCACGAGCUGUGCGACAAUUUCUGCCACCGCUACAUCAGCUGUCUGAAGGGCAAGAUGCCAAUCGACCUGGUGAUAGACGAGCGGGACAGUACGGCGGGCGGCGGCACCGGGACGGGCAAGCCCGAAUUGCUGGGAACGGGCGGCUCGACCAACGGCGACACAGGCGGCAGGAGCAACGCGGACUCGGCGUCGCACACGGACGGAGCGAGCACACCUGAUGUACGGCCGCCCUCAUCCUCAUUAUCGUACGGCGGUGCCGUAAACGAUGAUGUCAGAUCACCAGGAUCAGGAGGAACACCAGGACCUCUUUCACAACAACCACCCUCACAAGGACUCGAUUCCAGCGAUCCAGAUGCCAUGGGCAAAUGGUGUCCGCGCGGCCGCGAAUGGCCGUCGCCUCAAGAUCCGCGUGCGACGGACGCGGCGCGGAGAGGCGGCGUCCUGUAUUCACAAAUCUUCUUAGGGAGUCCUGGCGAUGCCAGUAAUGCCAGUAUAGGCAGUGGAGAAGGUACAGGAGAAGAAGACGAUGACACGAAUGGUAAAAAGAACCAAAAGAAAAGAGGAAUAUUUCCAAAAGUCGCCACAAACAUUCUUCGGGCGUGGCUCUUCCAACAUUUAACGCAUCCCUACCCUUCAGAAGACCAAAAGAAACAACUUGCACAAGAUACUGGUUUAACAAUACUGCAACAUCCCUACCCUUCAGAAGACCAAAAGAAACAACUUGCACAAGAUACUGGUUUAACAAUACUGCAAGUCAAUAAUUGGUUUAUUAACGCUAGACGCAGGAUCGUUCAGCCCAUGAUCGACCAAUCAAAUCGAGCAGUGUUCUCUCCGCACGCAGGUCCCAGCGGCGCGUACAGUCCCGACGGGUCCAUGGGUUACAUGAUGGACGGCCAGGCGCAGAUGAUGCACCGGCGGGCGACCCGGCCGCCUUCCACCAGGGUUACGCGCACUAUCCGGCCGAGUACUACGGACACCAUCUCUAAGAUAAUUAAGAUUAUUUAUGUGAGUAUCAUAAAAGAUUUUGGUUGA